UAGGAAUCAUUUUGAAUAGAUUUUCAGAAGACAUACUGUACAUUGAUGAAGUAGUACCCUUAACGUUUUUUUAUGUAAUGAGUUACAUUGUCGGAGCAGUUGGAGUUAUCAUCCUCAUAGCCACAGUUAAUAUAACAUUCCUAAUUCCAUGUAUUCUGUUUAGUGUGUUAAUAGUAUUCGCACAAAUGUUCUACUUAAAAACCGGAAAUGCUUUAAAACGACUAGAAUUCUUAACUCGAAGUCCUUUAAUUGGGUACAUAAAUGCAACUUUAGACGGACUGACAACCAUAAGAACCUCAAGAAUGCAGGACAUAUUACGCAAAGAGUUUGACCAACAUCAAGAUUUGUAUGCUUCCUGUUCCUAUUUAUAUAAAUGUUGUGAAAAAGCAUUUCAUUUUGUGGUAGCAACCGACGAAAUUAUUCUCCUUAUUUUCGCAAUUAUCCUUUUCUUAGCGCUAAAUGACAAAACGGCAGCAGGAAAAGUUGGACUUGUUUUGUCACAAAUAUAUAAAUUAACUAAUACGCAACAUUUGCUAUAUCGUAUGGUAACCAGAUUUGAGAACCAAAUGAUAACAGUAGAAAGAGUUUUGGAAUAUACUAAAGAAAAGCAGGAAAACAAAGAUGGUUUAGUAGUAGAAAACUGGCCCAGAGAAAGUGGAAUACGAUUCAAAGACGUCUACCUUUCUUACAAAACCGACCAAGACCAUAUUUUAAAAAACUUAAACUUCACCAUCAAAAACAAACAAAAAGUAGCCAUCGUUGGCAGAACUGGUUCAGGAAAAACAUCUUUGAUUUCUACACUCGUUCGACUUUAUGAUUUCAAAGGAAACAUUUUUAUUGACAACGUAGACAUCAAGACACUUCCAGUAGAUUUCCUCAGGUCAAAAAUAUCUGUAAUUCCACAAGAACCUACUAUAUUUUCGGGAACGAUACGGGAGAAUAUUGAUCCGACAAGACAAUAUUCAGAUGAUGAUAUUUGGAAAGUUAUUAGAACCGUGAAUCUAUCAAUGUUUCACGAUUUGAAUGAGAAAAUUGACAUGGGUUUAAGUGUUGGCCAAAAGCAACUCAUUUGUUUGUGUAGAGCUCUCGUUCGGCGUAACAAAAUUGUUAUUUUUGAUGAAGUUAACGCCAGUGCUGAUUUGGAAACUGAAGCUUUGAUUCAAAAAAUAGUUUUAGAAAAUUUUGCUGAGUGUACAGUCAUCGCAAUUAUCCAUAAACUACACUAUAUUCUAGAUUUUGAUUUAGUAUUAGUUGUAGAUAAAGGUAUCAUAAUUGAAUCUGGGGAUCCGUCCAGCUUGCUGAAAAGAAAAGAUGGCAUGCUAAGGAACUUGUUUCGGAGACAAUGA